CUUUCCUUUUUCCUUUUCCCUUUUCCCUUUUUCCUUCUUAUCCCUUCUUCUUUGGAUAUUUGUGUAAUUCUUAGCCGUAAAUUUAUUAAUUACCUCUUACCUGCUUUUUGGCCAGAAACCAAUGCGAGGUAUCUUGGGAUUGAUGGAUGUCCAAUGAUAUUCUCUUACAACAUUUUUCUUUGUCCUUUCUCUUUCUUACUUCUCACUCCCAUUUCAACUGGGAGACUUUACAAUCAAUCUCAUCAAUUACAAUCUCGAUCAAUCAUUACAUUCUUCGAGAAACAAAGAAUCAUCAACCUUUACGAAGAAUAUCAGAUCAAUCCAAUCUGGUACUCAUUCCUCUUUUUUUCCCUGCAUGUGCGUGUGCGUGCGUGCGUGCGUGCUGUGUGUAUGGGUAUACGUAUUGGAUAUUUGAUGGAACGAUGUUAAAAAAAGUGGUGCUAUCCCCAGACUAUUGAUGCUGUGCUUAUCUAUCCGCUUUUAAAUAACUUGAGGUCUGCGAUAAGGCUGCUUCGUUACUUUGCUCGCAAAUCUCGAUGGGAACACCAGAACUUGUCUCAUAUUGGAUUGGACUGGACUGAAGCGGAUUGAAUUGGAUUCAAAUUCUUCGUAUGUUUGCUAAUUUAUUCCUUACCCCCCCCCUUCGCGCUCUUCCAAAAACUUACGUCGCUCGACCAAUGCCUACAAUAUGAUUUGAAUAAUAAUUCAUUAUCCAUGAUUAGAUUUCCUUCAUACUGUACCUACCUACAGUCGCAAAUGCUCGAUUUCGUCAAAACAAUAUCAGCCUUAUCUCUCAAUUGAAUGAAAUACAAGACUCACACGACUCCAAACAAUAACAAUAUUAACAAACAUUCCUCGACGAACCCGUUUUGGGAAAAGGAUUGUGCCUUGCGACACAACUCCAAAAGACCCUCUCACAUGCUGAACCUCGACCAAAAAUCAUUACAAGAUUGCUUCAGCUCAAUAAUGGCGACAAUUGCCUUACCUAGACCUAUUCCCGCGGGACACACGAGAUCAUCUUCACCACCCCACUCGCACCCUUUGACUCCCGCGCUAAGCCUCGAUUCCAUCAAUACAUCGCCGCCAUUUCCAAUUCCUAUCCCAAAUAAACAUCUGCCAGUGUGCCCGACAGGUCCAGCACCGGCGGAGAAUCCAGAUACCCCUCCUCACUCUCCUCCGACCAAAGAACUUUCCUUGCCUCAACGAUCACUUCUAUAUCCACCGGUCAAUUACAAAUCACGUUACGUUGACUCCUCUAUCAUAUAUGAGAUUGAUGCCGCCGGUGUAGCUGCUGCUUUGGAACAUUUGGCAUCGCAACCUCUGCCUGAUCCUUCUCAGGUAUUUCCCUGGUUUCAUGGUCUGCAUCCUUGCAAUCAUGUACAACAGGCAUUUUUCAUACAGAGGCGUCGAACUUUGCGAAGAACGCCGAAAUGUAUCCGAGGUAUAACAAUUGUAAAAGCCGGUGGGGAUUUGACUUGUUCGAGGCUGAAAGGUGCCAUCACUCCCGACGAAAUCCUGAAGUUUGGAACCACGACGCAAUUUCAAGAAGUCGACCCAAAGGACGGAUUCUCGGUACGAAACUUUCAUAUCCAAGCAGCAAAAUCUGCCAUGGUAUCGGAUAUAAUUGUUUAUGGAGAUGAUCCCCUCAUCGUUGAGGAAAUGGCGAGAGAAAUUGCCGCUGCACAACAAAUUGUUCGUGAGAAUCAUGUCAAUCAGGGCCAUGAAUUAUCUCAGUACAAUACUUUCAUAUGCACGAGCAAUUUUAGUGAAUUCGAGAAAGGGUAUCCACAAGUUGUUUCGGUUGAUUCUCGGGCUCGAUGGACCGGGGAAGUUUUGGAUUUCUUCCAUCAAGAGAGAGUGGAGAUGUGUGCCAUGACCAAAGCUUCCGAGAUCGAUCGUAAUGUUUGGUUGGGUCCAACCCCGGAUGGAUACUCAGAAAAACACCCGGCUUUGUCUGAAGGACAAUUCGAUAUUCUGAUCGAGUGUAAUGACCUAGGCCAGAUAAAUCCAUCAGAAUUACGAGAAAUUGCAGAGGGUAAAUCGGAUAAGUGGCAGUUAGGAUUUCCUUCGUCUGGAAUGAUCCAACCACCGUCCUGGGAACAUGACCAAGCCGAUGGAAUUCUUGAAACUUGCAAGUGGAUUUACAAUCUUUCCCACGGAAUUUUACCCGAGGACGAAGAUGGUGAUAGCCCUAUGACUACAAACAUAAAGGAAAGAAAGAUCCUGAUUCAUUGUACGGAUGGUUACACUGAAUCCACUCUCCUCGGUCUUGCAUAUUUUACUUAUGCCACUGGCCUUUCUAUUCCCAAAGCCUGGCUUGAUUUGCAUAUUACAAAGAAACGUAACUUCUUUGCGUACCCGCAGGACGUCAGUCUUCUAACAACCAUCGCACCUCGACUUCUGUCCGAAUCGCCUGUUCAUCGAGGCAGGAGCUUAUCGGCCAUUACUGAUCUUGCUAUGGAAGAACCUGAUUGGAUAAAAUGCAUGGAUGGAAGUCUUCCUUCGAGGGUCACUGACUAUAUGUACCUCGGGAACCUUGGGCAUGCUAACAACCCGGACCUUCUACGGCAUUUGGGCAUCAAACAGAUCUUGAGUGUAGGCGAAACCGCAACGUGGAAAGAUGGUGUGAUGGAUAAAUGGGGAAAGGAUAACGUGAUGGUCGUACAAAGAGUGCAAGAUAAUGGGGUAGAUCCAUUAACCGACGAAUUUGGAAGAUGUUUAGAUUUUAUUGGUAUGGCUUUUUCUCUUAUAUCAAAGAUCAGCUAUCAACCUACUAACAACCAAACAGAAAGAGGGAAACUAAAUAAUACAGCGACAUUGGUCCAUUGUCGUGUGGGUGUUUCUCGAAGCGCAACUAUCUGCAUAGCUGAAGUCAUGCGCACAAUGCAUCUAUCAUUCCCGCGUGCAUAUUGCUUUGUCAGGGCCAGGAGACUAAAUGUUAUCAUCCAGCCACAUUUGAGAUUCAGUUAUGAACUUCUGAAAUGGGAAGAGAAACUCAAGAUGACAGGGGGAAAAUACGGUGGAAAGUGGCGCGGAAGGGAAUUGGAGUGGGCGGAAAUUGCGAGGGAAAUUGCAGAAAUGAAUAGACCGUACAGUGCUGGUAGAUGAUGGUUUGUGUUGGUGGAAUUGGAGAUGGACUUUGGGUACACUUCUUUUGGAUGGGGAAAUUACAUGAUAUUAUGAUUGGGAACUUCUUUUCGGAUGGUACGAAUGAUGGAUAGGGAUGGAUCGGAUACAUCCCCACUUCUCGGAGAAAUGCUUUGAAAUUUUGGAUACAACCUCGGAUACGCUUUCGGAUAGGAUUGGGUAGGAAAUGACAGCGACAGAUACCACAUUCCUUGGCAGUGCGAUUGGGAUACUUUGGGACUAUUCUUAAGGAUAAUCUUUGGGAAAGUACGUACGUAAUUAUACGGUGUUUGGUCUGAAUUUAAACACUUUCACGGAAAAUUUUGUUUGAACUUUGAUGAAUGAUGAGUUGAUGCGACAAUGUGAAGAGGUGACUGGGGAUGAAAGAUGAAACGGGCGAACUAGCGAACUGAUGAAUGAAGUGAGCGAGAUGGGAGAGAAAAAAUUUCUCUGUUCUCUUUCGUGUUAAUUGCAGCUACAAAAUCAUCCUCAAACGCCAUUGUGCAAAAGCUUCCCCUCGCCAAUCGUGCUGCCGGCCUAUCCUAUCGUGUCGAAUGUGGAUUGCUAUAUCUCUAUGCAGCUAAAUUGGAAGUCGAAGCCUGAGUUUGUGGUUGAGGCGAGUGAGGUGAGUUUAUCUUUGUAGAUUUCGGAGGUGUAUUAACAUAUUGAUGUAUACAGCAUAAGUUAGGGAAUCACAUGCUGGAUUGACCGGGGUGGACUCGACUGUGAAUUGAAUUGGGUUGAGUUGGUUAUAAGGUGGUUUUUGGGAUUAGCAUCGGGGUUUAAGUGAGAUGGAGAUUAUCUCACUGUAUCGGGUCAUUUUCAGAGCUGCAUGGAAAGUUCGAUUGUUGGAGCUUUUUGAUGUUUCUAGUUGGGUUUGAGGUCUGAGGUGAUAUGGAUGGAUGGAUGGAUGGAUGGAUGGAUGGAUGGAUGUCGAACAUUAUUUUAAUGUUUGGAUCCGUUUCCUUUGAAUUAACCUUUUUCUGCCUUUGUAAUUGCUCACAACGAGAAGAUAGGCGAGGAAGUCAGAAAUGGCUAGUCAGAUGGUAUGGGUGAGAUUCGGGUUAGCUCUGUGGAGGAGUUCAGCAGAAUGGAGUUGGGAGUGAAAGGGGAGGGGUUGUGAAAGAAGAGGAGAGGAGAGAAGUAGUGCGGGUUGUGUGAGGUUGAAGGGGAGAUUUGGUGAAGUAUGGGAAAGGAUCGUGGAAUUGGGCUGGGAAUUGGAAGUGGGAGAGAGAGUGAUGUGGGCAGAGAAUUUGGAUUUGAAGCACCAUGAAAGAAAAAGAAGAUGAAAGAGGAGAUACGGGUGGGUAGAUGGGAAAGGGUUGGGGUCGUUUUUCUGGAGAAUAGAUGAAGGAUAUGGAUAUAGCGGAGCUGUAAAGACUUUUCUGAUGAGUAGGUGUGUUGUGAAAUGUGGAAAUAGAGCAUGAGCUGUAAGAAAGAGGAAGUAAGGCGCUACGUCGCAAUAUAUUCCACCUCCCAUCUGAGAAUAGAAAUUGCAGAUAUACUAUACAGGAGCAAAUCGAGUCAGUAUUCAAGACGUAGGUAGAUUAGGGUAUUGGAAUAUGUCGAAUUCCUUUGUGUUCCUGGGAACGGGGAAGAU